GGAACUUUCUGUUGGACGAGGGUCCACAGCACCAGUUGGUGGAGGGGCUUUUGCCAAAAUUAACACAGUGGAGCCCUGGGAUGGGAAGGAUGGCGAGCUCCCAGCCGAAGAGGAUAUCGACCUCAGUGAUGUCGAUCUUGAUGAUUGGGAUACUCAGAAGGAUGAAUUGUGAGAGCUUGAAGAGAACUUGGUUUCUUGAGAGAGAACAUCGGGCAGUAGUCUGGGAUUGGAAUGGAAGAACGUUUUGCACCACACGGAUCUACCAGUGACUUUUUCUUUUGCCAAGAGAGAAACUGUUGGAGACGUGGUCAUCCGUGAACUGAGCAUCUCUUAAGAAAAAAAGAAAAUAUCUCACAAAUUCUAUGAAUUUUUUUUAUUGAGUGUAAAUUGUAUCCGGCGUAGCAGAUAUUUUGAGAACAACACUGAUCUUUCAUUGAAAUGCUCUUGAGGGUUUUAUUCUUUUUUUCUUUUGCUUUUUUAAAAUCUAGCUGACGUGGUGGUCAAUUGUAACUUGAGACUUUUGUUGUACUUAGUUUUCAAAUGUGAUCUUUUUUUCUCCUCCCCCCACAGUAUAGCUUCCAUUUCAAUGAAAGAAUAAAACAAUAUUUUUGACUCGG